AUGGCAACACUAACUGAUGAUGCUGAAUACGAUGCCGGCGAAACGUUUGAGAAUGUACCAAGUUCACUGUCUGAUGCUGAGAAUCAUGACAAUUACUAUGGCAGACGACUUCGGACAAUAUGUCCCCUCAUGCCAGCUCAUGUGAUGUCUCAAAUCACUCUCAAAGACAUCAGUCUUCUCAGUCCGACUCAGCAACUACUGUGUCCGCUGGUUUUACCAGAUCCCUCAGCCAAGAGCAACUCGCUCCUCCACUUCCUUUGCUCUCCUCUCCCCGCCUAUCUUGCAGCAGCCGAGGCAGUACUUCCCCUGUCGAGGUUGAUAAUGUUAGUAGUCUUGAAAACUGUAACAACUCCACCAUCUCUAAUCCUGUCGCCAGGACAUCAUCAGGUGUUUCCAAGACUUCGUCUAUCGUUUCGAAUCGGCAAGUUGAAUCUGCUUCAAUUGGCCGGUGCUAUUCGACCCCUUAUUCCGCUAGUGAUGCUCCGACACUCGUGA